UGUUGGUUGCUGCUGUUUUUCCAUCUGUCAGUGUAAAGCUCAAGUUGUGAUAGACUUUUUGAUUGACGUUUCCUCGAUGUAACGCAACUGAAUGUGACUGUAGGUUCACGUUGUAUGUUUUUUCACAAACUGUCACGUUGGACUUAUAGUUUAACGUUGCUGCUAAAAGUGUGAAUUGAAAUUCACCACCUAAAACCGGAUGAACGCAGAUCUGCAGUAACAGUGACUGGCUCACAGUCUAACGUUAACCGACUCACGAACAGUGAAACUUUGAAGCUGAAAACGUGUGAUGCAAAAGAAAAUCCCUUUAAAAUAAUGGACAAAAUGCACAGGAACUUAAUUUAGACAAAUGUGUUCCUCUUUUUCUUUUCUUUUUUACUAAAGGACACUUUAUAAAAAGGUAGUUAAUGGUGCUAUUAAUAGACUUUACAUACUUUUCAAAUGUUUCAUGGAACAGUUAUAAGCUAUUUGAGAACAUUUGGGUUGGCAGGUUGUAAAGAAUCCACACACUUUGUCCUUUCAGCUUUUAAAGGUGUUAUACUAGAUAUUCAGAGUGUUAAGCAAACAACUUUAAGUAAAGCUAUAGGUGAUAAUGUCUCCUGGUGUCUUUCUCUCUGUUGUAAUCGGAGCUUCUUCGGUCUUUUCUCGACAUAGCCGGCCCGCUGUCAAGAAAGUUUUAGUGCAUGUUCGUGCAUUUGAGCGUGCCCCACUAGUGAGCAUCGUCGUGGAAUCGAGUGCCCACCCUCUCAGCUCUGGCAGCACUUUUGGCGUAGUUUGCACAGUUAGCACCAUUACCUGUGAGCCGCCGGCUGAGCCGCCGCCAUGUUGAGAGCCGUUGAGAGGCAAUCUAAAUGAUCCCAAACUUGUACAUAGCACCUUUAAACUGAGGUCAAACAGGCCUUUUGGUUCAGAAGAAUUCAAUGGUUUGGACAAAGCGAGUGUCAUGCUGGAGGAAGAUUUAGCACAGUCUGGCAGCCCAAAACGUUUUCUUGUUAAUGGCUUACAACUAACCUAUAAAGCAUUCGUCAAUCAAGUAUUAACAUAAUUAAAGCAGUCACAGAACCCUUUGUAAAGGGUGUCUUAUUAAAAAGUAGGAGUACUUGUAUAUUUUUUAAGAAACCGUUUUGUCCGCUGCACAACGCCUCCUGUGUUCUUGUGUUUCAGCCACACAGUAACAUAUUUGUUGACAAACAUUUUCCUCGAGUGUCAUACCAUGAAGUGGGUGACGACACCUCGGAGACCCCGGCCAGUUGUAGUCGUCAUGCAGUCGUACAAUAGUACACUGUCAUGAGCACACAGAGGGAGCUGUUUUCAUUGCACAGCAAUAUCUGGCUCUCGUCAGUGUCCAUUUAUUCUCUUUAUAUCGGCUGAGUGCAGCUGUGCGAGGAGCUCCCUCGAUGUCUGUCAUUGUGUCCCAUGGCUCUGACCCUGCUUCAAUGUUGUUUCAUCUGUUAAUCCAGCAGAGUCACGAUGGAGUCUCACAGGCUGAGCGGCUCUCCGGAUGUCAGGAUGCAGAGGAGCUACACGCAGCAACACGGUCCCAGAGGCAGCCAGGACAACAUGUUUGGUGUCAGGGUGCAGAUCCAAGGGAUCAAAGGCCAACCCUACGUGGUUCUGAACAGUUCUGGUCAAGAGAUCCACCGGGAUGUCUCAGUUAUCACUCACCAGGUGGGGUACAAUCCUGGCAUGGUGAGGAGGUCUGUGGAGGAAAGACCCUCUCCCUAUGAGUCACAGAGGACUGCUACCUCCUCCAUGUUACAUUAUCAGAAACACCCAGAGAUUCUGAGACCUUAUGACCCUGAAAGUAAUAACAUGAACUUAGUCCUUCCUUCCACAGCUUCAGUUGCUCGACCUGGACAGCUAAGCGCCGGCGUUCAUCCUGAGACUGCUAAUGCGAACAAACCCAGGAUCCCUCUGCCUGCUGAGGGCCCAGUGGGAGACCAAAGUGAGGUGGCCUUGAACAAGACCCCUUAUUCAGGUGGACAAGUCCCUGCAAGGUCCCCAAACUCAGUGGACACAGAGUCCUUCAUAUCUGUUGGGAAUCUAAUAAGCCAGUUCAACAGCAGCCAGCGGAGGGGAAGGGGAGGCCCAAGGAACAGGUUGCAACCAGAGCAGUGUCGAAGGUCACGCAGUGUGGACAGCAGUCGAAACUAUGACUCCUCGUCCUUGUCCUCUUCCUCCAGCAGAGCCUCGUCUCUGAAGGGCGUCAGGGGCGAGACCCCAGGUGGGAUAUACCCUCCGGGAUCAGCCAGGGCUCGACUCCUCGCCGGCGAAGCCCCUUUGCCAAGGGAGGAGAACAAGCCCAGCCCACUGCUUAAAGGGCAUCGUGGAAACGACACGAUGUCUCCACAUGCUGCAAAAUUACUUCACAGAGCAGAGAAACCCUCCAUGUCCAGGUCAUUUAGUGACCAGACUGAUGAAUCCGAUGAAAGAGAUACACAGGUGACUCCUGAUCUUCUGAAAGGACAGCAAGAACUCUCAGUCGACCCACCUGAAGACACAGAAAAACAAAUGCUGUUCACUUACCUCAAGGAUGGGACGGCUGACGAUGACUCCACCACUCAGAAGAAAGUCUCCCUGCUGCUUGAAAAGGUCAAGUGGAAAGCUGCUGAAAAUGUGGAGGAGGAGAAAGAUUAUGCAGCCGAGGUGAAGCUUUUGCAGCACAAACAGGCAGCGCUGGAGAGGGAAGUGUCUGAAUUAAAGCAACAAAUGGAAACAGAGAUUAAGAAUGAAAAGACUCUAGCCAAGGCUUGUGAAAAGGCCAGGACAGAGAAGAAGAAACUUCAGGAAGAGUUGGCCAACAGUCAGGAGCAGCUUUUCAAACUCAGCGGCAGACUGGCUGAGAUCGAGGCCCAACUUCAGUCCACCAAACAGGAGCUGGCCCAGAUGAAGGCAGAGAGAGAGAGAUCUAAGACGGAGAUGAAAGACCUUCAGCAGCAGCUCUCUGAGAUGCACGACGAGCUGGACCAAGCCAAGAAGGUGGAGGUGAUUAAUGCAGAUAAAGAAGUCCUUCUGGAGGAUAUGGCGCAGCUGCGUGUGGACUUUCAGGAGAUGCUACAGGUGAAGGAGGAGCAGGAGGAGGUGCUGCACCACAGGGAGAGGGAGCUCAGUGCCCUGAAGGGGGCGCUCAAAGAGGAGGUGGAGUCUCACGAUGCAUACAUAGGCGCUCUGAAGGAUGAAUAUGAAAAUGCGCUUGAAAAGCUGCUCAGGGAUUUAGAGAUGGCUAAAGAGUGCAGUGCUCUGCUGGGUCGAGACAAUGCCGAAGCAGAGGAGGAGAGAGGCACAGCCCAGGUGCAGUUGAAGGAAUUGAGCCAGGACAGAGAUCAGCUGAGAGGAAAGGUGCAGGAGCUGCACAACAAGGUGGAUCAGCUGAGUCUGACAGCUCAGGAGUCUAACGCCACAGAGAGACUGCUGGAGCAGAGAGCAAGGCAGCUGGAGAGGGAAAAGCAGCAGGUUGAGGAAGCGCUGACGGAGGUUCGGGGGAAUGAGGAGGAGAUGUGUCAGUCUAACCACUUGCUGCUCACUCGCUUGGAGGACGUGCAGAGUAAGCUGACCAAGCUAAAUCAUGAGCACAGGGACCUGAAGGAGAAACUCAAGGAGGAGAGGAAACAAAUAGAGGAGCUGUGGAAGACAAAAACUGAGCUGGAGGAUGAGAGGAGGCUGCAGGACAGGAAUGUGGAGCAACUGCAGAGGAAGAUGAACACCAUUAUGGACGAGUGCGAGGCGUCUACAGAAGUACUUCAGGACCAGGUUGAUGAGGCCAGAGAGAAGAGUCAGAGGGAGUUGGACGAGCUGCGGAGACAGCUGCAGGAAAAGGGAGCAGAGCUGGAGAAAUCCCGUCAGGCUGCCAAAAAACUUCAGGAAGAGCUGCUUCCUCUGGAGGAGGAUCUGCGGCGGUGUCGCAGGGAGCAGCAGGAGGCCCAGCUGAGGGGCCGGCAGCUGGAGCAGAGGGUGGAGGAGCUGGAGGAGAAGAACGCAGCCACGGUGGGAGAGCGAGAGCGCCAGGUCAAACUCUUGGAGGGACGCAUCAGCCAACUAGAGGAGGAUCUUAAUGAUGAGCGCAGCAGUGCUGACCGCCUGAUGGAACGAUUAGACAAAACCAAAGAGCAGAUGGAUCAGAUGAGGAGUGAGCUGAUGCAGGAAAAAGCAGUCAGGCAGGACCUGGAGUGUGACAAGAUGAGCCUGGAGAGACAGAAUAAAGACCUGAGGAGCAGAGUGACUCAUCUGGAAGGAUCGCAGAGGACCAACCAGGAUUCACUCGUCUCCAAACUUAACAGUCGCAUCCAGGAACUUGAGGAAAGGUUGCAAGGAGAAGAGAGAGACAACAACAGCCUGCAACAAGCCAACCGCAAGCUGGAACGCAAGGUGAAGGAGAUGAAGAUGCAGAAGGACGAGGAACACGUCAACCUGCAGAGCCAGAGAGACCAGCUGACUCAGAGACUGAAGACAGCAAAGAGGCAGAUGGACGAGGCAGAGGAGGAGAUAGAGCGUCUGGAACACGGCAAAAAGAAGCUGCAGAGAGAAAUGGAUGAGCAGAUCGAGGCCAACGAGCAGCUUAACAGCCAACUGAGUUCACUGCGGAACGAGAUGAGGCGUAAGAGGAAAUCUCCUCUCAAUAGGACCGUGGAGGACGACGGGAACGACGUGGAUGACUUUGGAUCUGAUUGACUGACAUGACAUGCUGUCAUUUCUGGACUUUAUUAAGAAAUGUUGGACUUACGGGGAAGAAAUUGAUAUCAUAAUUCAACAUAACCCCUUUAACAAACUCAGGUGUGAUUUCAUGAUGUUUCCAGUUGUCAAGUCUGACCUCUUGUGGCAGCAUGUAUAACUACAAUACCUGACAAACUGAUGUUUUACAAUGCAGCAGAUAAACUGGCUUAUUUACCUGUACUCAUAUUCAUUAAUUUGUUCAUAAGUUAUUCCUUGCCAGUGAGCGUUUAUUUACAACUGUGAAUAUUAAACUAAUGAAUAAAUAAAAUUAAGUUUGUACAUCUCAAGAAACUCUUAAAAGAAGCAGCUUGUUUGUCCUGCGACGGCAAAAACCAAUACGGAGAAAUGGAAAUAAAAUAUAAAUCA